AGCCGGCUCCUGGGCUGGCUUCUCCUCUUCGCACAGCUCCGUGGAACUAGCUGUUGCUGCGAACCUGCUGGCUCCCAUUGGUUUGCUGUGGGGACCACAAAAUAAAAAGAGAGAGAGAGAAAGCAGUGGUCCCGGGGCGGCAGUUGGGAUACAUAACCUGGGAUGGUGUGUAUUCUUUGCGUGCUUCCACUUCGAUCGCGCCUUCCUAGGAGGCAGUCUCCUAUCUCCACCGGCCCAUUUUCCCUCCACAACUACUUGUAGAGUCACUGUUUUUUAUUUAUUUUAUUUUAUUUUAUUUUAUUUUAUUUUUGUCUCAUGCAAAAGAAAAAAUCUGCCUCCCUCCUUUCUGUUGGCUGAGUUGGUGGCUCACAGCAGAAUAAGUUUUAAAAAAAAAAAAAACUGAAUCAAAAAUAAAGCCUGUUGAUCGAGGCGGCUUGUCAGAUUUUGUAUCGCUGUUCUCUGAGGGAUUUGUGUUGUCAGCCGAUCUGUGCGGUGGUCGUGGUUCCGUCCCCAUCGCAGGCUGCGGGCUCCCUGCAAGCUUCCCGAGCUGGCAGGGGCUGUGAGUGCUGCUUAGGUAGGUCCGUGGAGUGGCAGGAAUUCGCCGUGCUUGGCCAUGGGAGGAAGGCUCGUGGAGAAUGACAAGACAGCACCUGCUCCUCUCCUAGGGGGAAGUCAACGAAGUGUCUACAAGUGGCAAGAGUGGAACGUGCGACCUCUGGUGAUGUGGCAAGGUGACGGCGAGGGAUGCUGUGUCCCCGGCUGCCGCCCGCCUGGCCCAGACUACAUCUUAAGGCUUCGCCUGCAGCCUGUUUAGUGGCACUCCUGGAUUCUCUCUCUCUUUUUUUUUUUUUUCCAAGAUUCACUUCUAGUCCUGGCGUGAAGAUUGCUAGAGAGACCCCGGGGGUGCAUACCCCCUCCCAACUCACCUUCUGAAGCUUUUCCUGUGUUUAGGAUUGGAAUUUCCAAAGCAACAUCAACACUGCAUCUGAUGCAUUUCGUUUUUCUCCCAGUCACUUUGAUCCUGCUCUGAGUGCCUGAGUGUGGCAUCUGUGGACAUACAAGUUCAUAUCCUCAAGACCAGUCCCAUGAGAGCCGUUUAGUCAUAAGCACAUUUCACUAAAAAUCAUUUUUAAAAAACGUGGCUUAUUCCAUAAAUGAUAUGAAAGAACGAACCUAAACCGUCAUCCCUUAGCACACUGAGAAGAGCAUCCCUAUAAAAUCCAUCCCCUCCUUGGAGUUGCCAAAUCGACAUUUAUAAUGGUGGAAUUCAGGAGGAUGAAUUUUCAUAACCUGUUUGACAUGUGCCAACAAAAAUGCCUGGUCCUGUAGACGGGAAGGCGCCUGGACACAGUGGCACAUUCUCAAAGGCCCUGCAGGACCGCCAUGGCUUAUGAUGACUCCCUGAAGAAAGAAGAUUGCUUUGACGGGGACCACAGCUUUGAGGACAUCGGACUCGCAGCCGGCCGAAGCCAACGAGAAAAGAAACGGUCUUACAAAGACUUUUUGAGGGAAGAGGAAGAAAUCGCUGCUCAGGUCAGGAAUUCUUCCAAGAAGAAACUAAAGGACAGUGAACUUUACUUCCUGGGGACGGACACGCACAAGAAGAAGAGGAAGCACUCCUCUGAUGACUACUACUAUGGAGACAUUCCGUCUUUGGAAUCGUCACAGAAGAAAAAGAAGAAGUCCAGCCCGCAGUCGGCUGACACCGCCAUGGACCUGCUGAAAGCCAUCACUUCCCCGCUGGCGGCAGGUGCCAAACCCCCCAGGAAGCCGGGGGAGAAGUCUUCCAGCUCUUCCAGUCAUUCAGAGAGCAAAAAGGAGCACCACAGGAAGAAACUCAGUGGAAGCAGUGGGGAGCUCCCUCUGGAAGAUGGGGGCUGCCACAAACCCAAAAAGAUGAAGCCCCUCUAUGUGAACACAGAGACACUCACCCUUCGCGAGCCCGAUGGCUUAAAGAUGAAACUCAUUCUCUCACCAAAGGAAAAAGGGAGCGGCUCAGUUGACGAGGAGUCUUUUCAGUACCCCUCUCAACAAGCGACUGUGAAAAAACCCUCCAAGAAGUCCGCUCGGGACGAGCAAGGUGCUUUGCUCCUGGGACACGACCUGCAGAGCUUUUUGAAAACAGCCCGGAAGAAGCACAGGUCCUCCUCAGACCCACACUCCUCUCCCGGCCCUGAGGGCUGCGGGCCUGACGCCGCCCAGUGCCCAGAAUCCCACAGUGCUAACCUUGACCUUUCAGGGCUCGAACCUAUCCUAGUAGAAUCCGAGUCGUCCUCUGGUGGGGAGCUGGAGGCCGGGGAGUUGGUAAUAGAUGAUUCUUACCGGGAAAUCAAGAAGAAGAAGAAGUCGAAGAAGAGCAAAAAGAAGAAGGACAAGGAGAAGCACAAAGAGAGGCGGCACUCCAAAUCCAAGAGGAGCUCGGGCCUCGUGGCCCCAGCCGGGGGAGACGUGCCUGCCGCACCUGGCCCUCCUCCCAGCACCCCGGGCCCUGGCGCCGCUGCCACUCCCCCUCCACUGCCUGGCCUCCACACGGACGGGCACAGUGAGAAAAAAAAGAAAAAAGAAGAGAAGGAAAGAGAGAGAGAGAGAGGUGAAAAGCCCAAAAAGAAGAGCAUGUCGGCCUACCAGGUGUUCUGCAAAGAGUACCGUGUGACCAUCGUGGCCGACCACCCAGGCAUAGAUUUUGGGGAACUAAGUAAAAAGUUGGCUGAAGUGUGGAAGCAAUUGCCAGAAAAGGACAAACUGAUUUGGAAACAAAAAGCUCAGUAUCUGCAGCACAAGCAGAACAAAGCAGAAGCCACAACUGUGAAGCGGAAAGCAUCGAGCUCCGAAGGCUCCGUGAGAGUGAAAGCUUCUUCUGCAGGAGUAAUGUCACCCCAAAAGAAGUCCCCACCCACCACCAUGCUGUUACCAGCCUCGCCGGCCAAAGCCCCUGAGACAGAGCCCAUUGAUGUGGCUGCGCAUCUCCAGCUGCUGGGAGAGUCACUAAGCCUCAUCGGACACCGCCUGCAGGAAACAGAGGGCAUGGUGGCCGUAUCCGGCAGCUUAUCUGUGCUUUUGGAUUCCAUCAUCUGCGCACUGGGCCCUUUGGCAUGUCUUACCACACAGCUGCCUGAGCUGAAUGGCUGUCCCAAACAAGUCUUGUCAAACACGCUCGACAACAUUGCUUACAUCAUGCCUGGUCUGUGACAGCCAGGAGCCUGGGACAGAAACCUUGUCCUUCGCCCUUGCCGGUUUGUGUGUACAUAACUGUGCAGAUCCCUCUGCUGGCCUCUGGGUGUAGGUUUUAAAUUUUUUAUAUAUCUAUACAUACAUACAUAUAUAUAUGUGUAUAAUGUACAGUGUAUACAUAGGACUGUAACUACUUUGCUUUAAAUAAUUUGAUGAAAUGGCAAAGGUUUAACCAAGAGGAAACUUUGGCUUGAAUGUGGGCUUGGGAUUCCUUUUUUUCUCCUAUGGUGGACAAAUCUGCCUUAAAAAUCAAUGUAAGUUGGGGCUGGGGGCUUGUUCUGGGUGCCAAGUGCAUCUCUGUAUGGACUGCUAAAAUGAUUGUUUUUUCCAAGCUCAGCUGCACCUCCAGGCCCAUCACUGACCAUUUGCCUUACCUGUCUUAUAGUUGGACAUGUGAUGGAAAAGAUUGUGUGGAGAGGCCAAGUGAUGCUAGUUUGUACAAAGCCUUUCAACCUGAAGCAACAUGGGUGGGAGAUGAAACACCAUUUGCAUGGUAGUUGCUAAAAUGGCUCAGUUGAACUGAGCAGAGGGGUCAUCCAGUUCAUCCAGUUGUCCAUGUCUCCAAACCGAUUGUAAUCUUUGGUAUCAUCACAGCCUCAGUAGAGGCCGCAGAUCGGAGGUGAGCCCCAGCGGACAGCAGAAGCUGCCAGGGCCUGCUGUGAGGCUGCACAUGCUCCGAGCUGACCCGGAGGUUUGGUGCACGCUGCUGGGAGCUAGCCUCUUUCAUUGACAGCAGUAGGUUGGGCCACCAACUCCUUGCAAAGUUUGCUCUACUCAGCAUUUGUGGAAGGCAAACUUUACUUAGUCUGAUUCCUGAGUCUGUCUUUGUAGUUCUGCUGGUGGGCAGAAACGGUCUAUUCUGCAUUCCAUAUAGAAGUGAAUGGCAAAGAAGUACUUGGUUCUCAUCUGGGUUUAUUUAUGUGUGUGUGAAUGUGUAUUUUAAUUAUGUGUAUUUAACUCUUUAAAUCGCUUAGAUCUUAACUUAUCCUGUAAAUUUCUGUGUUGUAUAUAUAUAAUUUAAUAACAAAGCCUCCCCAGCAACAGCAUGUGGAGGACAGAUUUGUGUUUUCCCCCCCUUCCUUCCUCUGAUCUGUCCCAAAAUGCCCAGUCACCUACUUUAAGGUAUUGAACCUCAGAAAGGAAUCAUUGUGUCGGGAUUCUAAUUCUUUAUCCAGAACGUCAUGGCCUUCAAUAAUGUCAAGACGGUAACUGCAAAGGAGUGCUAACAUUCCCAGCCGCCCUUAGUUCCCAAGAGCCGGUCUUGGGAUUCCUAGUUGGUAGAAUCAAGCACUUCUGGGUUGAGCUGAAACCAAAACCCACCCCCAGCUAGGAAGUAAGUUCUGUAGCGUCAGAGCUGACCUCGGGGGUCCUGUGGCCAGCUUGCAUCCUAAUGAAUGCCCGCUCUUGUCACCACCGGGGUUAUCGCCGGGCUGGGCUGCUCCAGAGUGUCCUGCCUACCGGAUCCUCUUGCCCACAGCACUUUGAGAUCUAAUUAGGGAAGCAGAAAGGGAAAUGGGAACA